GCACCUGCAGGAGGUAACCUUCAUAUCUGAAUACAUCAGUGUUGUACCUUUAAUAAAUUGUUCAGUCACCAGUGAAGUUGUCGGGGAUUUCACCCAGCCUCAGAAGUGUAGGUGAGACAACCUCCAUCCUACCUAUUUCUAGCAUGUUCUCUUGUUUUUGAGGCAUUAGGUUCCUACAAACGAUAUCUCCUCUUGGAGCGAAACUGAUAUCUGACCUGCACAAAUUUCUAGCAUAUCUUCGACUCCUAACCAGAUAUACAGCACCAUGGGGUCAUCAACAGGCAGGGUCGAGAUCAUUCAGUAUUUGGUUGACACUCGGCGUUUAUGGCCCCAGGCGGCCAAGACAAAGGAUCUCGAGAAUGAAGCUUCGCAGGCUCUCGCACUCCUUAGCCGCGAGGAGCGGGAUGCGGUGCUGCGAUACUACUUCGUAGCCGACGCCAAAAUGUCGCUGGUGUCUGCACUACUGAAGCACUGGGUCGUGAGCCGAUACGCGGGUGUGCCUUGGCGGGCGACACAGUUGACGCGCGACGCCAACAAGAAGCCCAUAUUCGUCUUGGGUAGCGAGGGUAGCAACAAGCAGCCUGUUGCCUUCAAUGUCAGCCACCAGGCCGGGCUCGUAGCACUAGUCGCCGUAGCCGGGUACGCGGACGGGGAGGGGGUGGUGGAUGUUGGUGUGGAUAUUGUGUGCACGAGCGAGCGCCGCGCCCGCGAUCACAAAAUCAUCGCCAGUCAGGGCUGGCCAAACUUUGUUGACAUGCACUCCGACGUGUUCGGGCGGUCGGAGGCAGGGUACCUGAAGCGGCAGCAGCAGGAUAGGGCAGGCCCCCGAGAGGAUGAGCUGCUGCGCCAAUUCUACACGCUGUGGUGCCUGCGCGAAGCGUACGUCAAGAUGACGGGGGAGGCGUUGCUCGCGCCGUGGCUCAAGGACCUCGAAUUCCGUGGGUUUCGGGCCCCGGAGCCUGGUGAAGGGUUCGUACAACGACCUGACGGCUUCGACGAUGGCGGCAGCGACGAGCUCGUGGCAAGCCUCGAGGUGAUUAGGGAGCACAAUGUUGUGUUCAAGGAGGAAAAGGUGGAAGACGCGAACAUCUGUCUGCGGUCCCUGGGCCCGGACUACAUGACGUGCACAGCUGUGCGGACACCGGCCCGCAGGGAGGAUGCGCUAGGUUGGAAGCUAGGGCCCUUCCAAUUCCUCACGCUGGACGAGAUUAUUGCGCAUGCGGAAGCGCAUCUGAGGGAUUAAUUUCUAUACCAUACUUGCAUAUUCAUUGCCUGCUAGGUAUGAUCACGGUGAAGCCUUUUCUACCCUUGGUUGCAAGGAAGGAUUUUGCGUUAGAGUGAUGGGUACGUAGGUAUGUAUGUACAGCCUGUUGAGGUGUGGAGACAGGUGAGUGAUACCUUUAUGCUCUCUCUCUCUCUCUCUCUCGCG